GUUCCUUAGAAGUCUUGGCACGUUCUGCCACUGUUCUCGCGGACGGAGAACGGCACCGGUCGUGAUUGAAGGUCGGCACGCUAUGCUUUACUGUCAAAUCCUGACAGCUGGCUUCGCCGCAUGAGGCCUAGAGGCGCCUUUCAUGGCUGGCUGGGCGUCCGCGGCAGCACAGCGAUUACAAAAGCAAUGGUGUUCGAGACAGCCGGUGGCCCUGGCAAUACACCCGAUCCAUGGAACAGGUGCAGAAUUCCACCAUCUUUAUCCUCUUCCCCCAUCUGGGGGCGUCGCUUGUAUUCGAAACUCCACAAGCUCGAACACAAAACGAGGUGUUCACCGCAACAGUUGUGCCUCAAGCCCCUCUUUGCCCUCAAAUAUACCAACAAAGCGAACCGCAUGCGCCUCCACGUGCAGCAACUGCACGCAACCACGAUCCAAGCUCCCGAAAGGGCAGCGCGUCCAAGCAAGCAAGGCUUCGUACUUGCAAAUGCGGUUGCGGAGCAGCGGAACAUGCCCUAUUCGGCCCGUCCCAUCGCCCUCAAAAAGACUCCCACUGCUCAAACCUGCGAAUUCGUGAAUACGCAAGCAAAACGGACCGAAAGAACCACCAGAAACAGACGUUGCAUUGACCUCUUACAGAUCCUGAGGCACUCGGCUCCGUCCUAUGUAACCGGCUUGCCAAGCGAGCAGGGUUACGUAAGCGGCCAUAUUUUUACCCGCUUGACGGACCGGACGGGGGAAAGCUUGUUCGGCAGUUCAGUCGUCAGUGCACGCAUUUGUGGGGUGCAGGGACCUAGGGCAGGCGAUCAAACGGGUCUGAGACCGUCGUUACCCUAGCUCCCACCACUCAGGCCGUGAACAACGGGGAAGUCGGCAAGGCAGAGGUUCGCUCGAGGUUUGGCUCUGACCAGCUCCUCAUGUCGUGUCACGUUGGUUAUUGAUGCCGUCUUUACCUGCACGCACCCCUCGUUUUCAGGUCACAAUCAAUCACCUCGACGGACGGAGGGUGUGCUUCAUGCAUCGCCGCAUUGUGAGAUCGCGCUAAGAGAAGUGAGGGCCUGCGUUAUUGCUGCGCGAAGC